CAGAAAAGGAGAUAGUUUCCCUCGUGCGUCGAGUAGCGCCGAAAGGAAGAUGGAGGUGACGGAAGUGCCAGCAGCAGGACCGUUCCCUCCAAGACAAAACCUGACUCACGACGGAAAGGUAGAAACCAGGCGAAUUCUCCGGCCGAAGAGAGGGCUAAGCCUGAGGCAGAACCUUCUGAAUCGAAUAGCAGAAGGUUCCUUUAGUAGUACCGUUAUAAUGGACGUCGGAGGAACGAAGAGGAAAAACCAGGAGACAGAAGAGAGAUGCCCCGACGCCAAACGAGCAAGAACAAAGGAAGGUGGCCGGCUCGUAGCUGGAAACACUCCUUGUUGUACCCCGUUGCUGGCAAGGAACUGCUUUCCCCGGCCAGAGCCGAAUGACGUAGAAGAGGGACUCGCUACAGUCCAUGCCCUCAAGACUAAAGUAGCUCCACCUAAACGGAAGAGGAGGUACGUCAGGAACAGAGCAGCAGACCGUUUCCCUCGAGUGCUGAGAAACACCGAGGGAACGAAGAGAAAGAUGGAGGACGCAGGGGAGUCAUCCCCGUCCAACAUGAGACUUACGAAGGAUGAAGACGAAGCGGUGACUGCUAGUCCUACCCGAAGGCCUCCCCUGAAAGCGAGGCGAGGAGGUAUGAUAAAGGCGGCAGCUCUGAGGAAGAGGUUUGCAGACAAUUCCCAGAGAGGGCCGCAAGACUGUCGGGGAAGGAAGAGGAAACUGGAGGAGGACGAGGAAUCGACAGCAUCCGACGAGCAGAGGAAAAUGGAGGCUGCUGGCAAGAUGAAGCCCCUGAGCAAAAGACGGAAGGCGGACCAAAGCCCUCCUCCUCGUAGUCCACCAAAGGCACGGAAAAGGCUACCCCGGCAGGCAAAGGCGAAUGCAGUGGACAGAAUCCACAAAAUGUAUGGCGUCCCAACCAAGAGAACCGAGCCGGGCCAAAAUGCAGCUGCCAAGGAGGACGAAAUGAAAGAGAAGGCAAAUGAAAAGGUUGAGGAAAAAGUGAAGAAAGAGGCAGAAUCAACAGAAGCAAUGCAAACGGACAUUUCCCCCGACGAACCUCAACAGAAGAAGCUGAGGAAAAGGAAAGGGAAAAAGGAGCCUCCGAAGAAGCAGGAUGAGGAAAAACAGAAGAAAGAGAAGAAAAUGGAGGCUCCAAAGAACCAUGCCGAGAAGAAGAAUAAGAAAAAGAAAGAGGAGCCUCCGAAAAAACAGGCGGAGAAGAGAAAGAGGAAAGGUGCGAAAGGACCACAAAAGCAGGAGAAGGAGGCUCAGAAACCCGAAGCCGUAACGAUGAGUGAGGCUGAGGUGGCUGAGCUCCUCAAGCAAGGAAAGAAGCUGGGUGCUGGGGCCUAUGGAACCGUUUACAAGGUCGUCCACAAGGGAGAAGUAGCCGUGCUGAAAGUGGCUAAUUCCCGCCAGUGGAAUGUGAAAGCGGUUUUCAGAAGAGAAGCGAAGGUUCUUCAGGCCCUCAAUGGCGCAGGAGGUGCUCCUCUGCUGUUUGGCACCUGUAGCAAACCAGCAGCGAUCCUCAUGGAGUAUUGUCCUGGCGAAGAGUUCUUCUCAUUUAUAAAUGACUCGAAGAACUCUCCUUCCCUCGCUUUGGGAAUCCUUCCGGACAUUGCGAGAAAGCUGCACCAGAUCCACUUGGCAGGAUACAUCCACGUGGAUUUGAAGACAGAUAACGUCAUGAUCUACGUCCGAGAAGGCAAGGGCAAGAAACAGGUGAAGCCCAGGAUAAUCGACUUCGGAUUAGCUGUGGAAAGGGGAAAGGAAAUCGAGGUAUAUCCGAAUAUGUCCGAUUCCAUCUACCCGCCCGAGUACACGGAAGGUGCGCCAGCGCAGCCCUCUGGGGACGUCUAUUCCAUGGGAUGUCUUAUUGAGGAUACGAUCUACGCCUUCACAGAUCACAUCCCACAGCACUAUGAGGAAAUUAUAAACUUGGCGAAAAACGAAAAUCCAAAACUUCGACCAACCGUCCCAAAGCUGGUGAAACUGCUGGAAGCAGCGAGAAAGAAGCCCAACCUUCAAUAGAAGCCACAAGGGUAGCAAAGACAUUCUAGAAAAGCCCCAAAACUGAUUCGAGUAUUGCUCUGUUCCUCUAUAGAUAUUCUACAUGUAGAAAACCUCUGUUAUGCUAACAACCGGUCAGAUUUCUAGAUCUUCUAGAAACAUGGCUCGCAGAGGGAAGCAGUCCACUGUUUCUAGUAUGCUAUGUUCAUUAAUGGAAAUUCUACAAGUAGAAAGCCUCUGUUA